CCAAGUGGGUAGGUGAUGGUCGCUGUGAGCAGGGUGACGCUCUUGGAUCCGCGCGUUAGGCCGAGGCUCACUACCUUCUUCUACAACCCAGACCCUCGAGCUGCUAGAACCAAGCUCAGUGAUCACGUCUCGCCCUUGAUAUUCGCUGUUAGCCUUCCUGCCGGAUUUAUUGCAGGUCGUUCGCUUGCCCGAUCUACAAAAGGCUGCUUCCAGCCUCGUCAUACAACAUCUCCUUUCGCGUCAACAACCUAAAGUAGCAGGAGGUCACUCAAGAUGCCGAUGCUUCUUGAUAUCAAGAAAGUGUUGACCACCCGUAGCGACCGAGUCAAGGCUCUCGACUUUCACCCUACGGAGCCUUAUGUCCUCGCCGGUCUUUACAACGGACAGGUCAAGAUCUGGAACUAUGUCGAUGGCUCUGAAGUGAAAUCGUUUGAUGUCUCCGAGGUCCCUGUCAGGGCUGUUAAGUUCAUCGCCAAACGCAACUGGUUUGUCGCUGGUUCAGAUGACUUUAUGGCCCGAGUGUACUCUAUCUCGACCGGAGAACGUGUACACGCCUGGCAACCCCACGAGGAUUACAUCCGGAGCAUCACCGUCCACCCGACAUUGCCCAUCAUCUUGACCGCGUCCGAUGACUGCACUAUCAAGAGCUGGGACUGGGAUAAAGCUUGGAGGUGUACUCAGGAAUACACCGGUCAUAACCAUUAUAUCAUGUCCCUCUCGAUUAACCCGAAAGAUCCCCAGAUUUUCGCAUCAGCUUGUCUCGACCAUACCAUCAAAGUCUGGUCGCUCGGUUCGCCCACGCCGAACUUCACCUUGGAGGAUGCCCACCAAAAGGGAGUGAACAGCGUGGAUUACUACCAUGGAGGGGAUAAGCCUUUCUUGAUCUCGUGUGGUGAUGAGAGGACGAUCAAGAUUUGGGACUACCAAAACAAGUCUUGCGUACAGACCAUCGAUUCUCCCGCUGCCAACAUCUCGUUUGCCGUCUUCCACCCUUCUUUGCCGCUCAUCAUUUCUGGUUCCGAAGACGGGACCGUCAAGCUCUGGAACUCGUCGACCUACAGGCUGGAGUCGACCUUGAGCUACGGGUUGGAGAGGUGCUGGUGUGUUGCGUACAGGAAGAACGGGAACGAGGUCGCCCUCGGUUACGAUGAGGGGCUUGUCGUGCUCAAGCUCGGUCGAGAAGAGCCUUCGAUGUCGAUGGACCCUUCGGGAAAGAUUGUCUACGCCAAGAACACCGAGAUCCUGACUACCAACUUGCAGUCUGUUGCGGAUGACAACGUUACCGAUGGCCAAAGGUUGGCCAUUCAGCCCAGAGAGCUCGGAACAACCGACAUGUUGCCCCAGAGUCUGCAACACAGCCCGAACGGAAGGUUCGUCACCGCCGUCGGUGAUGGUGAAUACAUCAUCUACACUUCCCUCGCUUGGCGAAACAAGGCCUUCGGGACCGGUACCUCGUUCGCUUGGGCUAGCGAUUCCAACACCUAUGCCGUGCAAGAAUCCAAGAACAAGAUUCGAGUCUACCGGAACUUCAAGGAGAGGCCCGGUUUGAUCAAGGGCGGUGCGGCUGGAAUUGCCGUCGAAGGGGUUCACGGCGGUACUUUGCUUGGAGCGAGGGGGAGCGGGUAUGUGCUCUUCUGGGAUUGGGAGACGGGUGAAUUGGUCAGGAGGAUCGAGGUCGAUGCAACUAGCAUUACGUGGUCCGGUUCUGGCAACCUUGUGGCAAUCACAAGCGCAGACUCGUUGUACUUGUUGCAGUUCGACCGCGAGGCAUACAACGAAGCUUUGAGCUCUGGUGUGCCUAUCGGUGAUGAGGGUGUCGAAGCUGCCUUUGACCUUAUCAACGAAGUCACUGAGACCGUCAAGACUGUCAAGUGGAUCGGUGACUGCUUGCUCUUCACGAGCGCUACCAACCGAUUGAACUACCUCAUCGGAGAACAGGUCUACACUAUUAACCACUUCGAUCAGCCGAUGUACCUCUUGGGAUAUAUCCCAGCGCACAACCGUGUCUAUGUCGCCGACAAGGAUAUGGGCAUCUUCAGCUUCUCCCUCUCGUUGACUUUGGUUGAAUACCAGACGGCGAUUUUGCGGGGAGACUAUGAUACUGCCAAUGAGCUCUUGCCGACCAUUCCCAAUGAUCAGCGAAACAAGAUUGCUCGGUUCUUGGAAGCGCAAGAUCUCAAGGAGAUGGCUUUGCAGGUCGCGACGGAUCCUGAUCAGCGAUUCGAUCUCGCUGUUCAGCUCAACGACCUAGAUCUAGCUGUCGAGUUGGUCCGAGCUGUUCCCGAGGUCGGCUCGGAAGGCAAGUGGAGGAUCGUCGGCGACAAGGCUAUGGAUGCUUGGCGAAUGGAUCUGGCAGAGGAAUCGUACAGCAAAGCCGGAGAUCUCGCUGCCCUGCUGUUGAUCUACACCUCGUUGGGCGAUCGUGCCGGUCUCGAGAAGCUUGCCAAGGAUGCUUCUGCUAAGGGACAGCAUAACAUCGCCUUUACCUGCUAUCAUCAACUUGGAGACACCGCCUCAUGUAUCGAUCUGCUGAUCAAGACGGACCGAGCGCCCGAAGCUGCCUUCUUCGCUCGAAGCUACGCCCCCUCUUCCGCCUCGUCGGCCGUCAAGAGCUGGAAGACCCAAUUGAACACGAGUGGCAAGAAGAAGCUCGCCGAAGCACUGGCGGACCCGGCAGAAAACGAAGAUUUGUUCGACGAGGGUUGGGCAGAGGCAUUAGCUCGAGAGCGAGGCGAAAGCUCCCAGGGCGAAAGUUCGCUCCAAAACGGCUCGAGCGAACCAGCCGAAGCGGUGCAAUCAGCUGUUGACACCGUCACAAGUGGUGCCGAAGCGGUUGCAGAUACCGUCGGAGAUCUCGCCGAGAAGGUCAAAGAGGUCGUCAUUGAUGCGGUUGAACCUGCUUCAGAGGAGCCUGAGGACGACUUUGUAGAUGCCGGAGCGGCCACCACUCCGCCUGCUGAAGCAGAGGCCGAAGCCCCUCAAGCCGAGGAGGAAUCGACAAAACCCGAUGAUGCCGCACCACCAGCAUCAACCGGCGGCAAGAAGAAGAAGGGGAAGAAGUAGACCUUUAACGAAGGAAGAUCGUAGAUGACUUUUGUAAUGCCCAAGCUCCUGUUCUUAUAUAUACAAUCGAUUCGACGGUUUCGAA